AUGCCCGGAAUACAGAGGCUUGUCGCCAGAGACCAGCUAGCCUGGCCGGACGCAGGUAACGGCAACAAUGAGACUAUCCUUGGUGGUGUGCGUUUUCCAUUAUCGACGCUGGACCACUUCAACUAUACGUACUACAGCAAUGGAACAAUGUCCAAUGGGUCGAACUGCUACUUGACAUUCAGGCCAUACCAACCAGUUGAGCUGUUUCCUAAUGGCACAUUUCUCAAUUCCACAUCUUGCUAUCAUGCGGUCGACAACAUUUCUACCCGUGGCUAUGUCGGCAUUGGUUUUGCCGUUGCCUACGGAAUCGCACUCGUGCUGACGGUUACGGUCUUGACGAAACACGGAAAACAAUACCUCCCGAAAACGAAACGAUUCUUUCCUAUCGGACGGAGAUGGCAGUGGUACUGGGCAUGCUUUGUGUGCGCGUGCGCCCUCAUCAGCCUUUUCAUAAACGUCGAUGUCGAUCGCUAUCGCGUUCAGGAGCUUCCCAUUGUUGUCAUGGUCUUUUUCUGGUUUCUACUCUGCCAGGGCACUACGGCAUUGGUAUGGGAGUCAGUUAGACACUGGGGCAGCUGGCAAGAACGACAGUUCGUUGACCCCAAUCCUUUUGUUUUACGUGAGGACGACAGGCGGUCCAAAAUCGAGUUCUGGCUCCCGAUUUGGUUCUAUUUCUGGACCUGGCUCAACUUUUUCCUCGUUGUGCCCAGAAACUGGUCGUUUGUGGAAAAGCAGCGCUCCCCGGAACAGACUGCUGCCGUUGCUAUUCCAUCCGCACUCAGUGGACGCUUCAAGGCCGGUGCGUUCUGCCUUGUGAUCUCUUGGUUCACAAUCGUCUUCUCUUUGCGACAUUCGAUUCUCCAUUACAAACCCAGAAACCGCGGAGUGUUGAACAAAUCGGUUGGACUGGUACAGUCAGUGCCGUUUCGGUUCAUGCUUACCAUUCCUCUCUUGGGAGGCCUCAUCGCCUAUCAGAUCUUCAUGUCGUUCAAUUGGGAGCUAUCUCUAAUGAGAUUUCACGGUGUCAUUCCGGUUCAGUUUGGUUGGGGAUUUGGACCAUCGCUUGCCAUCAUGCUUGUCCAGAUCAUCUAUGGUUAUGCCAGUCCGAACGAAGACAAGGAUUUGAUUCGACAGCGUCGUGAGCGAGGAGAAAUCAUUGACCGUGAGCUGGGGCUUGUAAGAAAGCCUGCAUGGUGGCGUCGUGUGAGAGGCGAACAUGAAGAGCUGUCCUUACGUGAGCGUAUUUUGCGUAAUGUCAAGGAAGUUGGAGGCGAGCGUGGCAUUGGUCGAAGAGAAGAGGAUGAGAUGGAGAGGCAUAUUCGACAAGAAGCGCUCCGUUUGGCUGUUGACGAUGGAAUUGAACUUCCCAAUAUGCCGCGACGACAGUCUGCUAACCCCCGCCAAGAUAGAGCAGGGGUACGGGAUAUCAUGAGCAAUCAGUCUCAUUCUACCGCACCUCUGCCUCGAUACGAGGGCAAGUCACAGCACAGACAAUCGGAGCGAGUUGUGCAGUCCGCCGCGGGAAUCUUGUUCCCCAACAGCCAGGUUGAUGACGCGAGAGCUCGCCGAGAAGCUGAACUUUUCGAGGAGGGGCCUCCGCCUGCAUACACAGACCCUGCCAGAGGACGGCAUACGUCAGAAAGACCAGAAUCGGCGCACAGAGAGAACAGCACAUCGACACUGAAUUCUGUGUCCGCUCCACCACAGCAAGUGCGUAGUAUGUUGGAUGUUUAG